GGACACUCCACUCGGAAAGGCUAUAUGCCAGGUAAUGUUCUUCUCAUGUCUCGCGCGCCAAUUGGUCGCGUGUGGCUUUCCAUGUCCCAGCAUUGUCAACAAAUUUCUUUUCAGCUUCUUCUUCUCAGCCGUCUUUGUUGCUUCACUCACCACCUAUAAUCAUUAAACGCUCCGGUAGCGUCCACAUUCCCUACAACCUCACCUUCCUUCUCAAGGACCUCCCAGCUGCAGGCCAGCCACUCAUUGUCACUAUCGACGACACAUAUCGCCCGGCGCGACCACAACAAUCUUCACGAUGAAGCUCCUUGCCCUUCUCUCUAUCCUCCCUCUUCUCCUUGCCGCCCCUGCUCCCGCCGCCGAGCCAGCCUCCUACAACCCUCUCUUCCACCACAAGCCUCACUCUGGGUCUACCCACAUCCCAGUCGUCAAGCGUGAGCUCGGCUCUCGCGCGGAAGCUCAGCAGAACAACCCCGAGUACUUUCAAAAGCGUGACGGCUCCAAGGUGGACCCUGUGAAGCGAGGCGUGGUGACAAAGGUGGUAAAGCGAGCCGCCAGCACUUGUUCGGUGGCUACCUACACUGAGCUGGUGACUUUCGUCACUACUGUCACCCCGGGGUCUACGCCGACUUCGUCUGCCUUUACAUCGAGUGCCAUGGGCAGCAGUGGCACUCUGACGGCAUCCGACACUUUCGCGACCGGCUCUGCGUCCGGCGUACUGGUUUACGUCAACUCGACCAUCGAGAGCUCGAGUGCGACGACUUCAGACUACUCUUCCAGCGCCAUCACCUCUUCUGCCACGGACACUUCCCUCAGUGCAUCCGUGACGGCGUCAGCCUCGCAGAAUGUGAGCGCAGAGUCGCUUGCGGUCUCCACCACAGGCUCUGCCCGCUCUGGCUCGGCGUCUGGGGUUGCUUCGAGCACCGCGUCAUCCUCAACCCUCAUCUCGAGCUCUGGCACCUCUACGAUCUCUUCCUACCCGUCUGCGUCUGCCUCCAGUAGCGCCCCACACUCCUCUUCAUCAUCGGGCUCCGGUAGCUCUUCCGCCUCCCCAUCCGUCUCUACCUCCAAAAAAACCACAUCCAAGACAAAGACAACCAAGUCCAAAACUUCCUCUUCGACCGCUGCUGUGAGCACAACCAAGGCUGCGCAAUAUGCCGUGAGCUCCAGUACUGCUGCGUCGUCGACGACAGUCACUUCCAGUGCUAGCGUUGGGUCAGCCUCUUCCUCGGCUGUUAUUUCCUCGACGUCUCUCGCUGGCAGUAGCUCGGUGUCUUCGUCUGCCGCCCCCACUUCUACUUCCAGUUCUGUGAAGUCCUCUUCUACAUCUGCCCAAUCUUCUUCCACCUCCUCAUCCAGCGCUACAUCCUCAGUCGCUACAUCUACCGUCGCUACGUCCACUACAUCCUCCGCCGCCGCCUCCACAACCACCUCCAUCUCCGCCGAUCCCUCCGGCGACGGUCCCUACUCGGGGUGGGGCACCUGGUUCUAUCAGUAUGGAGUAGCCGGCGCUUGUGGCACCGUGCACGCGGAUACCGACUAUGUCGUUGCCGUCUCUCAGACCUUGUUUGACAACUGGCCUAAUUACACUGGCUUGAACCCCAAUAACAACCCUAUUUGCGGGCACCAGGUCAGCUUGACUUGGGAAGGUACUACGAUUACUGCGACCGUUGCCGACAGCUGUCCCAGUUGCAAGGAGCGUCAGCUCGAUCUUUCCCGAGGCGCCUUUGGAGCGCUCACGGACGAUGACUACGACAUCGGUCUUUUGGGAGCCGAGAUCAAUGGUGUAGCGUACAACGAAGACCUUGUCUGGUCUUGGGUCAGCUAGUGUGAAUUGCGGGAUGCGAAAGCAAAGGUGUUUGGGAUGGGGUUUGUCUCUUCUUUCGAGUAGCGUGGUCAAUUUUGGUCAUCUGUAUAUAGUUUGAGUUAUAAUGAUUAAUGCAUCGUAACAAUAGUGAUAGCUUCUGUCACGGAC